AUGGAGGUGUCGCAGGUGUCCAUACAAUGCGCAAAGAAUUGCUGGCCCAACUGCGUCAUCAGGAACAACAUCGCCGACAACAUCGCCACCAACAUCGCCAACAACAUCGCCACCAACAUCGCCAACAACAUCGCCACCAACAUCGCCAACAACAUCGCCAACAACAUCGCCAACAACAUCGCCAACAACAUCGCCGACAACAUCACCAACAACAUCGCCUCCAACAUCGCCUCCAACAUCGCCACCAACAUCGCCACCAACAUUGCCAACAACAUCGCCAACAACAUCGCCACCAACAUCGCCAACAACAUCGCCGACAACAUCGCCGACAACAUCGCCGACAACAUCGCCGACAACAUCGCCGACAACAUCGCCAACAACC